AUGGGCUUCGCCCACCGUCACUUCUACUUCUACUUUUAUUACGAGAACCUCAGUCUUCUCAACUCCGUGUUUUCCCUUUGCUACCUGCCCCUCCAACUCCUCGAACGACGAUCGCACUUUCCUUUUUGCAGCCUCGUCACCAUGGUCAAGCUGUCUGUUGUUGCCCUCGUCGCGUCUGCUGCGUCGGCGGCGUUUCCUGUCAACUGGGGCGCCCAAGAUGUGUGGGUCCACACGAGCAUUUGGUAUCCCGGCCACUGCACGUGCUUUUGCCAGCCUUUGUGCUCGCACCCAACCGAAGUCAUGAAGACGAACCUGGUGUCCGGGAACCUCAUUCCCCGCUACAACGACUAUUCCGUCCCGAUCUGUAACGAACCCAUCCAGUUCUUUCCACCGGCAGCCAUCUCGGCCGUCGGUCAAGUUGCCCUCCAGAACGCGUACCCGGUGGGGUUCUCCCGCAAUGUCCCGGACAUGUGGUCCCCCACCGUCCCGGAAGGCAACGUGCCCAACUUUGGCUACCCCUGCGGUGGGCUGUACCCCGAAACGUACCUCCGCACGGUUGUCCAGCUGACCAACAGGCUCAAGACGCCCCUGCUCAUCACCAACAACAUUGGCAAGAAGUUGGCGAUCACGGACAUGGCAGCGGCCUUCAAGAAGGACUGGGGUGCGGAAGUUGUCUUGAUGUGCCUUGAUGGCGCGUUCUCGGACGUCCUGACGUGCUGGAGCAAGAAGACCACCGCCAGUGGCGAAGUGAUCCCGUCCAGGAUCAUUGCGUGCCCUCCUGGUAUUGCUAUCACGAGCUCAUGCACGAACGCCACCACGAAAAUCCUGCCGUAUGUGCUCCCGACCGUCCCUCCGACUACUGCCCAACCGACCACAACGGUGGUGACCCCCGCCCCCACUUCGAAGCCCACGACGACGUCUAGAACCACCAAGAAGCCUCCGACGACUGCCCCUACUACAACCGUGGCCCCGACGCCUGCCCCGACCCCCGCUCCAACUCCCGCCCCCACCGAAAUCCCCAGUGAAGUCGACAUCUGGGUCAAAUUCUUCCAACGCAACGCUCGCUGUGCUAUCUUUGGCGAAGACACUUGCUCCUACUGCGCGAUGGCGAAGGCCCUCUUGACGUCCAAGAAUGCCAGGUACGACUACUUUGGCGUGUGGCUCGACAAUCCGGACCACAUCCCGAGCGGCAUGGACGUGUACAACUCGCUCUUCCGCGUGACCAAGCAAGACACACUGCCCAACAUUUGGAUCGGUGGCAAGUUUAUCGGUGGCUACGACGCCUUGAAUUUGCUCGAGACGACCGGCCAGCUCGACCAGAUGCUCAAGGACGCCAGGUGCACGUAAAUUGCAUGUGAAGCAGUGUGUGGAAAAAGUGUUGUCGCGUUAAUCACGAUCGAGUUUCUCGACGGACGUCAUCGUCCAAUGUCAAACGGUGCA